UAAAAAAAAAACAAAUGUGCAACCAGGUGUCCAGGAAGUCAUUGAGUCAACUUGUCAUAUAAUUCUUCACUGUAGUUUUUUUGUUUCUCUUUUGACUCAAAAGUUUUAUUUAAAAGCCCGUUUAGUACUGAAUGGAGAAUGGAGGAAUGUCACAAGAAGAUUCUUCAGCGGUACAGAAUAAAUAUUGUCACGAGUUUGGAUCCAUCGAGCCUCUACGACCGUCUUCUUGAUAAAGACAUUUUCACUUCAGACAUGAUCGAGAAAAUCAAGAACUCUGGAACGAGACGGGACCAAGCCAGGCAGCUGGCACGGGAUCUCGAGACCCGUGGUAGUCGGGCCUUCCCUCUCUUUUUGGAAUGUCUUCAGGAUUCAGAGCAGCACAGUUUGGCAAAGCUCCUCCAAAGUGGAGCACUUGACGUUCAAGGCUUAAAGUCCAACAGUCUCAUUCAACCUGUUGUCAGGACUUCUCCACUUCCCUCCGUAGUGGAUUUCCAGCAGCAAAGAAAGGCUCCACCUAUCUGUCCAACAGAGAUUCCAAAACCAUCAUCUAAUUUGCAGAACGUUCAGGUUCAGGUGCAGGCCAGAACCCGUAUGCAAGGCAGGAAGCGUCGGGACAGCCUUCAAAGCUACAAAAUGGAUGCCAUCCCGUGCGGACAUUGCCUCAUUAUCAAUAAUGUGGAUUUUGAGCCACAAAGCCAGCUGAGUCAGCGCAAGGGGUCCAACGUGGACUGCGACAGGUUGGAGAGACGAUUCAAAGCGCUAAACUUUCUCGUGGAAGUGAGGACAAACCUCAAACAACGACGGAUCAAACACGAACUGUCAGAGUUAUCCAAAAAAGACCAUUCUCCCUAUGAUUGCUGCGUAGUCAUCAUUCUUUCACAUGGGACGGAGGUGAGUCACAACCGCUUCCCCGGUGCGGUUUAUGGAGUAGAUGGCCAAUACGUUCCAGUGCAGCACAUCACCAACUACCUCAAUGGGAAACAUUGUCCCUCCCUGCAAGGGAAACCCAAACUUUUCUUCAUCCAGGCCUGUGGAGGAGGCGAAAGAGACCUAGGCUUCGAGGUGCCGUCUGACGAAACGGAAGAGUCCGGCGGCGGAGCGGACGACCAGACGGACGCCAUCCCCGCAUCCUCCAGCAGCGACUCUCUGAGCACGUCUGAUGAACCCGACGCCGGCGCUACACUGCCCACUCCGAGUGACAUUCUCGUGUCUUACUCCACUUUUCCCGGGUACGUGUCUUGGAGGGACACAGAGUCGGGCUCCUGGUACAUUGAGACGCUGGACCGCAUCCUUGAGGAAAGUGCUGCCACGGAUGAUUUGGUCACAAUGUUAAUGAUGGUCAACCAUGAAGUCUCCCAGAAUUCUGCAAAAGGCAUCUACAAGCAAAUGCCAGGUUCUUUUAACUUCCUCCGCAAGCUUCUUUACUUUCAGUCGACUUAACAAAAUAUUAUUUUGAAAAACAAGAAAAUGGUUUUAUUCAAGAAAAGAUGUUGUGUAUGUUUCAACAGCACAUAGCAGUUCUUCCUAAAAAUGGGAAAUAGACAUUUUUGUUAUCAUGCAAUUUGUGUUUUUUUUUUUUGUUUUUUGUUUUUGUAUCAAUUACGAUGUGCUGUUUAGAUUUGAUAUUUCGUAAUUAUGUUCUUUUUCUUGACAAGUGACUCAACAUUCAUGUCAUUUUCUACAAAAUGCUACAUUAUUACACCAGAUCCCCGCUUUUUAUAAGAACGCAGCUUUAAUCCUAUCCAAUCAAACAAAAGUGGAAUCAUUUUGUGACUGUUCUACGGUUUUUCAACAAAAUAAAAGCUGUACAAGGACUGAUUGCAAGCACAAUUUUAUUUGGGAGUGGAAUUGAGCAAAACCAAGGCAGAUUCAUUUCAUUUUUUUGGACACUGAAUAAUCACGUUUCAGUGCCGCUGACAGCCAUCGGCAAUCCAUUUUUAAACAAUGUGACUGUACUCCAUGUUUUUGUGAGGGUUAGAUCUAACGAACUGAAAAAAAGCACAAAAAGUCACUCCGUUAAUAGAAGUAAGCUGCUUCAUGUAAAAAAAUACUGUAUACAAUUACAUUAAACAAAUUUUUUAAAUUAUGAAUACAAUUGUCCCUCAAGAUACGAUAUGAAUUAGUUCCCAAGUGGCUUUUGUAUCAUAAUUUUACAAGAUACAAGAAUAUUAUGCAUGUUUUUAGUUAUUUCACCUUUUUUUUUUUUUUUUUUAAAUUUUUGAUAAGUACAUAAUUCCACACAUGUUCAUAGUUUUAUCGUCUUCAUUGACAAUUCACAAUGUAAAUAGUCAUGAAAAUAAAGAAAAAACAAGAAUGAGAAGGUCUGUCCAAACGUUUGGCCUGUUCUGUAUAUGUGUGUGUAGGAGUGUGGGUGUGUGUAUGUAUGCUGUAACAUAUAAUCAUCU